AUGGCCCCUCCACGACGGAACCUCCUCCCAAAGGACCGGUUCGCAUACUCAUUCAGCGGCCUUAAAACUCAGAGCUAUACUGAGCCUGUUCCUCGAGGCGCCGGAUCUCCCACGAUCCGAACUAUAGCAUGGAAUCCUACCGGUCAGCUCAUUGCUACCGGCUCCGCAAAUCGUACCCUUCGUAUCUGGAACCCCGAGCGCGCGCAAGUGAAACAUUCGACCGAGCUCCGCGGUCAUGCCGCGGGCAUCGAGAAAGUCCUCUUCAACCCGGUCCGGGACUCAGAAUUGGCUAGUUGCUCGACUGAUGGCACUGUGCGGGUUUGGGAUGUUCGGUCUAAGCACUGCGUGAGCCAGCUUGACGUCGGAGGCGAGGCGUUCACCAUGUCCUGGUCUGCCGAUGGCAGCGUGUUGAUGGUCGGAAGGAAGGACGAUACCUUGGUCCCUAUCUCUAUCGAAUCGCCCUCCACCCCGACGAUCCUUGACGGAGCACCCGCCACGACUACCUCUACCUCCAAACCUCCCCUCGUCCCAUCGAUCUACAAGACCCUCGAUCCGCACCCUCAACCGAUCCAGACCAACGCGACCACCUUCUCCAACCACAUCGCCACCCCUACCUCGCCCGAUCUGCACCUCUUCGCCACGACAGGCGAAGGCACCGUCAAGGUCUUCUCCUACCCUUCCUUCAACAUCAUGCACACCCUGAACGCCCACACAUCCGCCUGCCUGGCCAUCGCCCUCGCGCCGACAGGCCGCUACCUCGCCGUCGGCGGCAGCGACGCCCUGAUCUCCCUCUGGGACACGACGGACUGGAUCUGCCGCCGCACCGUGUCGAGCAACAACGGCGGUGCGAUCCGCGGCGUGAGCUGGAGCUUCGACGGCCGCUUUAUCUGCGGCGCCUGCGACGAGGCAAAUCACGGCGGUAACGGCAUCGAGAUCUUCCAUGCCGAGACCGGCGAGAGCGUGUAUACUGUUCCGACGGGCGGCGGUGCGAACUCGGGCAUCCCCGCCGUGGCGUGGCAUCCGUCGCGGUACUGGUUGGCGUAUUCGAUGAUGGGCGAUGGUCCUGGCAGCUCGGGGCAGGGUGGGUUGAAGAUCGUGGGUGCGGCCGGUGGUGGGUUGUAG